AAAAAUGAUGGCUCAAUCACCGAAGUUCAAAAUUGAAAAAAUGGCUCCAUUAAGUAAACAUCAAAAAGUCCUAAUUGAUGAAGAACCUAUUGAUGAUAUUGUUGAAGUUGAUGAAACAAAAAUCUCUUUCAAUGAAAAAUUAAUUGUCUGUGAUUAUAAACCAUGGCAAUCUGUUAUUUAAAUAAGAAAAACAAUUGAAAAAUUAAAAGGAUAUUCGAAUGUACAUUGGAUUAAUCCUAUCCUUGAUGUCCGUCUCAAAAACCCAUCUAGAUCCAUUUUAAAAAGCCCUUCAAAACUCUCAUCCAAUUUUGCUAUAUAACAGUGAUCCAUAUUUAUCCUAUAUUACAACUAUAUUAUUAAUGAUAAAAAGAAAAUAAUUUAAAAUGGAAUUUUUAGAUUAGACUUACACUACUAAAUGAAUUCAGUUAAGAGAUAAAUAACACAGCUAAAGAUUCUUAAGCAUCAUUUCUAAACUCUACAACAC